CGCGCACCUUGCUCCUCGCUGCCUACUGUGCCUUUCCGCCCUGCGGCGACCGUGACUGUGCUCUUUGUGCCCUCCCGCUGCGCAUCCCAGCCCUCGGUGAUGCAAGGUCGCAGCCAGCACGCUUUCGUCUUCGACCCUGCCAAGUUUAGCCCGCAGCACAAUCACGAUCAACAGCGGCCCCUAAUCUGAGGCCUCUGCGCCCACUUUCCCCAUCACCACGUGCGGGCGCUGCAUUUACUCUCUGAAGCCUGCUGCGAAUCGCCAGCGGUCCACUGGUCCCCACCGACGCUCGCCACGCUCGCUGUCGACCGUCUCAGGGCGCUCGCUGCCCUUGCGCCGCCGCGAACAUGUCGGCCCCAGCCCCAGCGUCGCCAGCCGUUGUUCGACGGCCACCGCAAAGCGACCGCCCAACUCGCUCGCAGAGCACCACCACCCGCCCCAGCGGACCUGCGCAGCACCUGAAAGACGUCUCUCGUCGCGACUACGAGCAAAGCAACGUGGCUGCGUAUUCCCCGUCGCGACACAGCGAAUCACGCGAAGCUCCCCCCCAGCGCACCGAAUCGAGCAGGCGCCAUUCGCGGUAUGCUUCAGACGCCUCGACAGCCAGCGCGAUGCCCACCAACGGCGUAGCUGCGGACGGUGCGAGAACAGGACAGCCGGUGCAGCAGCCAAAGCGCAGAACGACCAUCACGGCCCCCAGCACAGGAACAUGGGCGCUCGGCAAAACUAUUGGUGCAGGCAGCAUGGGCAAGGUGAAGCUGGCAAAACACAACGAGACUGGUGAACAGGUGGCCGUCAAGAUAGUGCCUCGACAGUCGCAGGACCAGCACCAGAGCGCCGCCGACCGCGAAAGAGCCGAUCAUUCUAAGGAGGUCCGCACCGCACGUGAGGCUGCCAUUGUUAGUCUCUUGAACCAUCCUUACAUAUGCGGCAUGCGCGACGUCGUGCGGACCAACUACCACUGGUACAUGCUCUGCGAGUUUGUCAACGGAGGGCAGAUGCUCGACUAUAUCAUUUCGCACGGCCGUCUUAAGGAGAAGCAGGCCCGCAAGUUUGCACGUCAGAUUGCCAGUGCUCUGGACUACUGCCACAGGAACAGUAUCGUUCAUCGGGACCUGAAAAUCGAGAACAUCCUCAUUAGCAAGACUGGCGAUAUCAAGAUCAUUGACUUUGGGCUGAGCAACCUUUUCUCGCCCCGAGGUCAACUGAAGACGUUCUGUGGCAGUCUGUACUUCGCUGCUCCUGAGCUGCUGCAAGCCAAGCAAUACACCGGUCCCGAGGUCGAUGUGUGGAGUUUUGGCAUUGUCCUUUACGUCUUAGUCUGCGGCAAGGUACCUUUCGAUGAUCAAAGCAUGCCGCAACUGCACGCGAAGAUCAAGAAGGGAGUUGUCGACUACCCUCCGUGGUUAUCAGCAGAAUGUCGAGGUCUGAUCCACCGCAUGCUGCAGACGGACCCUUCCCAGCGCAUGACGCUUUCUGAGAUUAUGAACCAUCCAUGGUUGACCAAGGGAUUCAACAGCCCGCCAGAGAACUACCUACCCCACCGUGAACCCCUCCAGCUGCCUCUGGACUUUGAGAUUGUGGAGAAGAUGACAGGCUUUGAUUUCGGAACUCCAGAGUACAUCACUGCCGAGUUGACCAAAGUCAUACAAUCUGAGGAGUACCAGCGCACUGUGCGCCUUGCUGCACGCAGGACUACAGCACAAACACCAGAGACCGAGAGGAAACGCGGCAUGUUCGAAUUCUAUAAGCGACGAAACUCGAUAUCGAGCCGAGAGCAGUUGACUGCUUCUUCUUCAGAGGAGGUAUCAAGGGGUCUUGACCCAGUCAAUGCUUAUAGUCCUCUCAUCUCGGUCUACUACCUUGUCAGGGAGAAGAGGGAUCGCGAGCGAGCUGAGGAGAACCCAGGCGCUGUAGCCAUGCCUCAAAGCCCUGGAGAGAAGCCCCUGAAGAUGCCUGAUCUUCCUGCACCACCACCGGCGUAUACAAAUGCUGCCACUUACGAGAUGGCCGGCGAGAAGCCUACCGGUGGCCGAUCGCGACCAAGAGCCAGGACUCACGGUGAAGAUGAAGUGACGGAUAGCUUGAAGAGAGUCGAUCUCAACAAGCCUCCUGGCGCCGCCUCGCCAGCUAUACUAUCGCCGCCAGUCGAACAACCCAAAAGGGAAGGCCCUGUGGGAGGUCUGUUGCGCAGGUUCAGCACGCGCAAGUACCGACACGAAAGAAGUCAGCCUGAUGUACCACCCACACCACCCACACCAGCAGUCGCAAUCUCGAGCCCUUCAGAACCAGUUCCUCCUUUACCUCAAGCACCAGCAACUGUCCCUAGAAAAAGUUUCAGUAUUCGCAGACCCCGUGAUAGGGACACUGGGUCUUCGUCUCAGCUACCCACGAGUACCGCAAACCAGCCAGAGCUACUGUCCCCACCCGGCAGCUCUAACAGCGCUGCACGAAAGCUCAAAGCACUUGGACGGUCGACCAGCGUCAACUCUGCUGACUUCCGUCGGCGCCUGAGCCGACGUGGCAGAUCGACAGAGAACACAGGUGAGCGCGAGCCUCCACAAACAAGUGGCUCAGACAGGUCAGAUCUCAGCACGCAGCAACCUCGACCAAGUUAUGAUCCUGGCGCCGAUGACAUCACUUCUAGCCCCCGCAGGAAUCAGGCGUCUCGUGCAAAGUCUUUGGGCCACGCACGCAGAGAGAGCAUUCAGGCACGGCGGGCAAAGCGAGAGCAGGCCAGAGAAUCGAACGUGCCUGAGGAGACCGACGCAGAGUUGGCGGAGUCCGCGGCUGAGGAGGCCAGAAGCCCAGGUGCUGUGAAGCCCGUCUUCUUAAAGGGCCUCUUCAGCGUUUCGACAACGAGCAGUAAACCGAUCUCCUUCAUUCAAAACGAUCUGAUUAGGGUCUUACACGAAUUGGGCGUCACCUUCCAACCUAUCAAAGGCGGCUUCAAGUGCCGACACGCUCCGAGCAUCGACCACGGAACUCCCAAUAUGCCAACUUCCCCUCCAAGCGGCAGCCAUAGGAGGAAGAUCAGUUUCGGAGGGUUGAUUGGAGGCGACCGUGACAGGGAGCGGGAAGAGUUUAGGGAAUCAAGCCGCGCGCCCAACACGCCGAAGUCGCGAUCUCGACCAUCCCCUGCGGAUCACAGCUUCACUAAUACCGACGAGUCUGAUGACAGCGAUGAGAGAGAUGAGCGCAGACCACGUGCAGGGCGUGCACUGGCUGCUGGUGAAACGACCACACAUGUGCAGAGCGAUCUAGGCGCGCUGGCACCUCUCGUUUUCGAAGUUCUCAUUGUCAAAGUACCACUUCUGCAACUACACGGUCUGCAGUUCAAGAAAGUCGAUGGAGGCACCUGGCAGUACAAGAGCAUGGCCCAGCAUAUCCUGGAGAACUUGCGGCUAUAAAUGACAGGCUCUGAACACUGUGUUCGGGGCGGAGCAUGUUAUCAUUUUUCAUGGGAGGAGAGCGAAUAGCGUAAUUCAAAGUAAUAUGUCGAAGUUUGUC